AUGGUGUUUACUUUUAAGAUUCAUCCGUACGCGGAAGUAAAUGCUAACUCAUCAGCGAGGGAACUGUCUGAGAGCGAUCUUCGUAUUCUGGGAAAUAUAGGACAUGGUCACUUUGGGGAAGUCUACAAAGCUGUUUUGAAAACCACUGAUGCUGACAAGUUUGUUGCAGUAAAACUUUUAAAAGAGAAGAGUACAGAAGUCGACAAAAAAGAAUUUUUCAGAGAACUAGAGACCAUGCAGUUAGUGCCACAGCACGAAAACGUGGUCGCCAUGUUGGGAUACUGCAAAACAGCAGCUCGAGCGUUUCUUGUGUUAGAGUACCUUGGCAAUGGUAACCUUAAGACAUAUCUCCGUAAAAGCCGCAGUAACAACAUCUAUGGUAAUCUGCACGGCGGAAGUGGCAAAUUGACGUCACAGGAUCUAUUGUCUUUUGCUUUAGGUUCUGCCAGCGGAAUGGCUCACAUAGCUAAAUAUAAGUUCCUGCACCGUGACCUGGCUGCCAGGAACAUACUGGUCAGUGACACCAUGGUGUGUAAGGUGUCCGACUUUGGUCUGGCUCGUGACGUCAUUGACAGCAGGGAGUAUCUCAGCAGGAUGGAGACCCCCCUCCCUAUCCGCUGGAUGGCACCAGAAUCCAUCUCUGACAGCGUGUAUACCACUAAGAGUGAUGUGUGGUCGUUUGGUGUCCUUCUCUGGGAGAUUGUCACUUUAGGAGCUACCCCCUACCCUGGUAUUACUUCUGGACGAGAACUAAUACGUGAGAUCAGGUCAGGAUACAGAAUGGAGAAACCUCAACACUGUACACAGGAAUUGUACAAUAUGAUGAUGAUGUGUUGGGAGGAGGAACCGACAGAACGCCCGACGUUCGACAAUCUUGUCACCAGUCUUAGAGACAUGGCUAAUGAAGAGAUGAAACUUCACGUGGACGUAGACAGAGCUGCUGAGGCCAUAUACUGUGAUAUUGACAGCCAGCUGGUUGGGGAGAUAGUUUAACGU